CGUCGUCGUCGUCGUCGUCGUCGCCGUCGUCGUCGUCGUCGUCGUCGUCGCCGUCGUCGUCGUCGUCGUCGUCGUCGUCGUCGUCGUCGUCGUCGUCGUCGCCGUCGUCGUCGUCGUCGUCGUCGUCGUCGUCGCCGACGUUGUCGUCGUUUCGACAGCCGUUCUGGAGACGGCGGGAGCAGUGACCGCCGCGCAGGGUCAACCUCAGCGCAGAGGCACGCGAUUAUGGUGCACCAUCAUCAUCGUCGCCACGGCCUCCAAGCGAGCCACCGCUACUGCAUCGUCGGAAGUCGCGUAAGCACGUGCGGCUCGCUCCUCCAGAUACUGCUGCUGAUCCUCAGCCUUUGGCUACCGGUGCUCGACAACAGCGGCGGUCUCGCCCUGGCGUGCGGACCCGGCAGAGGCGGCGGCCGACGGUCGAACCAGAGGAAGCUCACGCCUCUGGUGUUCAAGCAGCAUGUGCCGAACGUUAGCGAGAACACGUUGCCGGCGAGCGGGCUCAGCGAGGGACGUGUAUCCAGAGACGACUCCAAGUUCCGGGACCUGGUGCCCAAUUACAACUCGGACAUCAUCUUCAAGGACGAAGAAGGUACCGGCGCCGAUCGUCUCAUGACACAGAGAUGCAAAGAGAAGCUGAACAGUCUCGCGCUCUCGGUGAUGAAUCAAUGGUCGGGGGUGAAGCUGAGGGUAACCGAGGGUUGGGAUGAAGAGGGUAAGCACGCGACGGAUUCGCUACACUACGAAGGACGAGCCGUCGACGUGACGACGAGCGAUCGGGACCGCUCGAAAUACGGAAUGCUGGCAAGGCUUGCAGUGGAAGCUGGUUUCGACUGGGUCUAUUACGAGUCCAGGUCACACAUUCACUGCUCCGUUAAAUCCGACGCGUCCUCAAUAGGCAAGGCCGGCGGCUGUUUCCCCGGUAAGAGUCUGGUGAGAACAGAAGAUGGCGCUACAAAGAGGCUGGAGGAAGUGCAGCUCGGUGAGCGCAUCGCCGCCCUCGAUUCUUAUGGGAACGUCGUGUACAGCGAAGUGAUCGCCUUCCUGGACCGUUCGCCGUUCGAGAGGAGGCAGUUCAUCCGUCUGACGACCGAGUCUGGCCGGGUGCUCACUUUGACACCGGCGCAUCUGGUGCCGGUGGAGGAUCGAGCGUCCGUGUUCGCCGCCAAGGUACAAGCAGGUGACAGGAUUCUCGUGAGCGCCAGCACGACGAGCAAGUUGGAGGACCAGGUGGAGGGCCAAGUGAAGAGCGAUCUACGAUGGGAUACCGUAGUGGAGGCGAAGCUGGUCCUCGAGGAGGGCGUAUUCGCUCCGCUGACGACGGAGGGUACGCUGCUGGUGAACGACGUGGUGGCGUCUUGCUACGCCGUGGUCGACAGCCAGUCGGUGGCACAUUACGCCUUCCUGCCUCUGAGGAUCUGGCAUAGCAUGGUGUCCUUCUUCGUGCAGAGGCCAACCGAGGCUCCACGGUAUCCCGAAGUAAGGCAGCACGCCGCGAUUGGGAUCUCGUUGAACCAAACCUCCAGCUCGACGACGAUCCCGACGCAGGACGGCGUCCACUGGUACGCAUCGUUGCUCUACUCGCUCUCCAGCUACGUGCUGCCGUCGAAGAUGUUGUACGACUGAAAUCUCGCGGUCGGCAAGGUAAGGCGAGGUGAGGGCAGCGAACGAGUGUUGUGACCAAGUGCCGAAUGGAUCCUCCAAGACACAGGCUCGAGUGUUCGCGUACCGAGGACUACUUUCUUCCUGACGCCGGAGCGUCGAGACUUUAGUGCUGAUUAAUCGCCGAGAUAACUUGCAUCGAAGCUCUCAUAAGUUUCUUUCUUAUGUUGCGUCGUGAGCCCACACAGUGAUUGCGCGCGUGUUGCCGAAAACGGUGGACGCCUGAAUCAUGAAGGUCAUAGAACUGAACGCGCGGAAGAGAAACAUCGUCGUAGACGAGAGACAUCAGUUGGCCAGUGACCCAUCCGUGUUCACCGAGUGUAACGUGUAGUAUAAUUGACUAGUAGGACGGCGGAGGAACAAUGGAGGGUGAAAACGCUUGAGGGAGAAUCGGAGCUUUUCUCUCGUUAUGUGUACUGUAGUGUACAAUAUAAACGUCUCUUUUUUUCUGUUCCUCACGAAAGCGCUCGCGAACCACGUCUCGUGCGAUGAGUCCGUGCCCAAAGUGCCUGAAGAGAUCGCGUUGUGUUCUGAAAAACACAUGGAAUAAUAUUCUAUAAUAAUGUAAUAUUAUUACCGACUCUUUCUUGUCGAAGUGUCGUCUCUGUCGUUUUUAAAUUACAUCGUUUGUGUUACAUAUCCGCCGUCGCUUAGAUUACGUAAGGGAAACUUUCACUUCUAAAUUUCAAGAUUAAUCGCACGCGCGCGCUGUUAAAUUCUUCCGCGAGUUUACGAAAUUCUCGAACUACAACGUAAAGCAGUAUCGCAAAGCAGUAUGAAGUGCGACGAAGCGGAGAAAGAGACUUAUGUUUACUCUUGGAGAAUCUUGAAGAACACAACGCGAGAUCAAAUUAAUAUUUUUCCUCGUAAUUACUCACUCGUAUUGUGAAUCAAGCUGUUCGCGUUGCGCGCUCUCUCGAUGUCGGCCCGAUAAAUUUCAGAUACAGAUCCGUUCAACGAGCUUUCACGAAAUGGAGAUUAUUGUAUAUAGUCCACGUUCUUUCGGUUCUUCUCCCUCGUCGUCUAACGCGACGAGAGAAGUGUACGUAACCUACUGCGUUUUCUUCGUCCAUUAACACAUUUUUUGUAUGCAUUAUAUAUAUGUAUGUAUUUAACGUUACACACAUACCUAAAACUAUGAGGUCUAUCUGUUUAGCUGCUCUCUUUAGCGCUUUAAAUGAGAGAAGCGCAUGUUUGAGAUCUAAGCAUCGAGAGAGAAAGAUGAAAGAAUCGAGAUGCAGGAAGUGCAGCCGAAACGAGCCAACUUCACGGAUACACACCUGUCGCUAUCGGUCGUGACAGCAACUAUCUCGGAUAUCUUUUCGCUGUAUAGUAAUGUUAGAUCAUAUCGCAUCACUGUCAUCGUGUCACGAUUCUGACGACGUCGUUUACAAUCGACGCGACAAGAAUUAAUUAUUUUAAUAAUGUAAGAACUAUCUUUCUGACGCCUAAGUUAUC